AUGCCGAAGAAAGACAACAAGAAAGACAAGAAAGGAGGCAAGCCGGAACCUGAGAAACAGAAAGAGGAGGUAAAGACAGGGAAGGAUGACAGAAAGAAGGGAGGAAAGGAGGACAAGAAAGGAGGGAAGAAAGGCAAGGAGGAGCCUCCCACAAAAGGACAAAAGGAGGACAAGAAAGGAAAAGAUAAAGGGAAGGCAAAGAAGGAGGAGUCAGAAGAGGAGUUCCUGAGUGAGGAAGAGGAGGAGGAGGAAGAAGAGGAAAACUCUGAUGAUGAUAGAGGGAGGGGUCGAGGGGGUAAAUCUGCUAAGGGGAAGUCCCAUGGUCGCCGCGGGGACGAAGAUGAAGAAUACGAAGAAGAAGAAGACGAGGAGGACGAGGACGAGGACGACAGGGAGCGAAAGAAGAAGUCCAAAGAUGGCCGUCAUCAUAAAGACAAAGGAGGGAAGGGAGAAGAGAAAAACAAGAAGAAAGAGAAGAGGAAGAAGGAGGAGCCUCCACAGCCUCCGGUUAAAGAGCUCCCUAAGAAGGGUCUGAAAAACGUGUCCAGGAUGUUCCUGAGGUUUUCAGGGGUCCGGAGACGGAGGAACUCCAGGAAGAAGAUGGGAGGAGCCUCCAGACUGUUCAUGGGCCUGGGGAAACGUCUACGCAAAAACCGCGAGAACAAGGUGAAGAAGAAGACGCGCAGGGAGUCAAUACUGAAAAACACAUCUAAGUUCAUGAUACGGUUCAACCACUCCAAGAAGGUCAAGAAGUUGAAAGAGGCGAAGGAGAAGGAGGAGAAGGAUGGUGGGAAAAAGCAGUCCUACAUGUUGAUCAGACUGGGGAGAGGAACAGAAGGACAAGAGAAGAAAGUUGGGUUCUUUAACGGUCUGUUCAGGAAGAAAACGGCCAACGGAGCGCCGGACUUCAAGGCCCAGAGUCAUUUGCUAGGGCAGGUUGCCGGGGCCACCAACUGGCUGACCAAGCGGUUUAUCUCUACCAAGCAUCGUCAGAGUGCCAUGGGGGGACUGGGCUGGGCAGGGGGUGGGCAGAGAUCAGGGUUUGGCCGUCAGGGAGGAGGGGUUCACAGCCGACAGGUCAGCACGAGGGGUCAGCAGGCACAGCGGGAUCGUACCUAUGGGUAUCAGAACGGUGGCUAUCAGCAUGACGACGACGGGGAUGAUGUGUACGAGUACACAGAGGGGUACGACCAGCAGGUCAUGGGGGGGUAUGACCCCCGGGGGGUAGCAGGAGCAGGGGGAUAUCAGAGGCGGUCUGUAAAGGCUCACGGUGGUCAUGGUUACGGUUGUGGUCAUACUGGUUACGAUGAUCAGGAGGACCCCUACGGGCAGCAGCAGGUUGCCGGGGGUUGGGGCGAUCAGGGGUAUUACUAUGACGACACAGGUGAGUACUACGAUGUUCCGUCGCAGGACCUGGGUUAUUACGAGGACGAGCCGGGGCUCUACGAUGACGGGGGUGGUUACUAUGAUGACCAGCAGGGUCUCUAUGACGACGAGGGCUGUGAAUACUAUGACCCCUACCAACAGCAACAACAACAACAGAGUUACUAUGACAACCAGGUUGCCAUGGGGGGUUACUAUGGGCAGCUGCCGAUGGGGAUGUACGGAGAGGAAGGCAGGGCGAUGGAGUACUAUGACCCAAUGGGAGCAGGGCAGGAGUACGAUGAGUAUGGCAAUCUCUAUGACGAGCAGAUGAUUAUGGACCCCCAGUGGGGUCACUACGACAACGGGAUGCAGGUCCAGGGGGGAUUCUAUGACGACGGGAUGGGUGUGUAUGAGGAGAUGAUGAUGGGAGGUAGAGGGGGCGGUGGUCUUUACCAGGACUACCAGCUGCACUACAGCGAAAAGGGACUACCUUUCCCAGACUUCUCCUACAAUGCCUACAACUCCCAGCAGCCAGGAACACAGAUGCCUUAUGGGUAUGACCCCAUGGGGGGAGAGAUCCCCCUGCAGGGGGCUGAGAUGGACUUCAGAGUGCCCAGGCCUCAGGUACGUCUGUUUGGGAAGGAGCGUCUGGACGUCCCCCCGGCACCUUUCCCCCCUCCUCCGCUACCCGGUCACAACGACAACAUCCUAUCGGAGAUACAGUAUGAGGAGCAGGACAUGUCGAGGAUGUCACCACAGCAACAGCUGUUGGCCCAGCAACAGAAUAUGAUGUCGCAGCAGCAACAGAUGAUGGAGCAACAACAGCUGCUGAUGUCACAGCUGACCACACCGCAAGAACAGACGAUGUCACCGCACGGUAUGAUGAUGUUACCAAAACAGCAGAUGAUGGACGACAUGAUGAUGCAACAGCAACAACAGAUGAUGUCACCACACGAUACGAUGAUGUCACAACAGCAGCCGAUGAUGUCACCACAGCAACAGAUGGACAACAUUAUGAUGCAACAGCAACUACAUAUGAUGUCACGGCAACAAGGCAUGAUGUCCCCACACAAUAUGAUGAUGUCACCACAACAACAAAUGAUGUCAGCACAACAACAAACGAUGGACGACAUUAUGAUGCAACAGCAAUUACAUAUGAUGUCACAGCAACAACAGAUGAUGUCGCCACACGAUAUGAUGUCACCACAACAACAGAUGAUGUCAGAGCGGAUGCCCCAGGCCCCGACGGCCAUGUUGAUAAAGCAGCAUAACGCCCCGAAUGGGAUGGCGAGCCCACCCUUCCCCGAUGAUGAUGUCACCCCAGCAGCAGAUGAUAUCCCAGCAUCCCUCCCCCCGGGGCUCACCCCUGCCCACCCGCAGCCUCUCCCCAUCCCCCCAGCCAUCCAUGAGAGGCUUACCUCCCCUCGGCCGGAGACCCUCUGUUCUCCACAGGAGGAUGUCUCCCCCCUCAUCCUUCAUGGCCUCACCCCACUCCCCGCAUCGACGACUCCAGCCCCAACGCCCCCCUUCCCUGGCCCUCUCCCCCCGUCGCCCCCCGUCUCCUCCCAUCUCCCCCGAGAAUCCAUGAUCCGACGUUCUCCCCCUCCUCCCCCGCGGCUCCAUAUGCAGAGUUAUGCCUCCCCCCUCCUCACCCUCUCCCUCCCGUUUGGGGGAGGAAGUCCUUUGGAGCGAGGAAAGUCCUCCGCGGCACUCCUUCCCCCUCCUCCCCCGUCGUCCCUCCCCCGUCGUGCCUCCCGCCCUGCCUCCCCCCAGGUUAGGACAAGACCAAGGGACUCCAUCCACCUCCCACCCUCCUCCCCCAUCUCAAUGCGAGCCUCCCCAUCUCCCUCCAGACGUAGUUUCUCUCCCGCACCUCGCCCCGCCUCCCCCACCCUCUCCCACCACUCCACGCGUCUCCUGCGACAAGGCGAAACCCCUCUGGUGCGCCCACGGUUCGGAGGUCGCGGCCCCGUACCCAUGGGAACCGUCAGACCUUCCCCCAUGGGAAGACGAGGACGACCGAUCGCCCCAACCCAGAACGUCCCUCCCUUUAGAGCCUCAGUCCGCUCCAACCACACCGCCCUCACCCUCUCACCCCGCCUCUCUCCCCGCCUCACUCACCACCCCUCACCCAAGAUAGGCCAUCGCCCUCCUCUAAGCCACAGGGAGUCGGGAAGGUACCUCCCUGGGAGACCUGUAGGCCGUGGUCGUCCGCUGAUAAAGAGACAGUCUAUUCGCGGACCGGGCAUGGCACCUCCCUCUCCCCAACCCUCUCUCAAAUGCUACCCUCCCCUCUCCCCUCACCUCUCCCACCGCCCCUCCUCUCCUCACCCCUCCAUACGUGCUUCCCCCUUACUCCCCCGCGCCCCGUCCCCGGACCCCUACUCUGACUCUUACGCCCAGGACCCCUAUGGCCAUUCAGAGCAGUUCGUUCCCUCCUCCCCAAUGCUGCAGGGGGCGCUCCAGAACCAAACCCUCCGUAACGCGUCAUUCACCUCUCCUCGCUUGCGGCCCAUGUCACCGUACGCCCAACAGGUACCGGAGUACGCCCAGCCUUCCUCCCCCAUGCUCCAGGGGGCGCUCCAGAACCAACAGCUACGUAACGCCUCUUUCACCUCCCCACUACAACAGCCUAUGUCACCCUAUGCUCAGGAUAUGGGGGGUUAUGAAGACCCUAUGAUGCCUUCCUCACCCAUGCUCCAGGGGGCGCUCCAGAACCAACAGCUACGUAAUGCCUCAUACACGUCACCGUUACAACGACCGAUGUCCUCCUAUGGCUCUAUGGGCGGGUACGAUGAACCUCUACCCCCUUCCUCCCCGAUGCUAGGUAAUGCUCUUCAGAACCAGGCGCUACGUGGAGCCUCGUUUGGAAGCCCGGCAUUACAGCGUCGUGGGAACCCGUACGGUCCAGUGGUGACCAAAUACGACUACCACUCCGAGCCCGGCCCCUCCCCUCUACUCCACAAUGCCCUGCAGAACGCCAACAUGACGAACGCCUCCUUUGGAACCCCGAUGCUCCAGCGCCGAGGGGGCAACCCCUUCGGACCCAUUGUCCCUGACUACCACGGAGCGUUGCAGAACCCACAGAUGCGACAGAUGGUUCAAUCCCGGGGUGGCCUCCUUCCGCUCCGUUCCCCCUACGGACCGCUACAACCUGAGCCCCGGUUUGGCAACUCCCUCCAGAACCACAAAGUCCAUGGGACGAUCGUCACAGAUCCACCAAACCUAGCGGCGGCUCUCAUGAACACGGCGCUAAAGACGUCAUCGUACACCUUACCGGACGGUACCAUCGCUAUCGGACCCCAGCAGCAGAAAAAUCCGAACCUCUCGGCGGCAUUAUCGAACCCUUAUCUCAAAUCAGCGUCGUAUACUCUACCAGACGGUACCAUUAUCAUAGACCCCAGGAAACCGGUCUCACCGUCCCUCGGCCGCGCGCUCCAGAACCCAGCGAUGAUGAACACUUCCUACACUCUGCCGGACGGAACCAUUAGAGACCCCAAUGCUCCUAUCUCCCCUAACCUGUCUUCCGCAUUAAACAACCCUCACCUGAAAUCAGCCUCGUAUACGCUCCCUGACGGUUCGAUUAUCAUCGACCCCAGGAAACCCAGAUCUCCGAACCUCCUGGCGGCGUUAUCCAACCCGUACCUGAAGACGAUCUCCUACGAGCUCCCAGACGGUUCUAUAAUCAUCGACCCGCGGAAACCCACCUCGCCCAAUCUGUCCUCGGCACUCCUGAACCCGGCGAUGCGGAAUGCCAGCUACGCCCUAGAAGGAACUGUGAUCACCGAUCCCAACGCUCCGAUCUCUCCGAACCUGUCUUCCGCAUUGAUGAACCCACACCUGAAGUCAGCCUCCUACACGCUACCGGACGGUUCUAUCAUCAUCGACCCACGGAAACCCCGGUCCCCGAACCUGCUGGCAGCUCUACAGAACCCGUAUCUGAAGUCAGUAUCUUACGAACUGCCUGAUGGAAGCGUCAUCAUCGAUCCUCGUAAGCCUCGAGGGCCAGACCUGUCGGGAGCCCUGUCAGGCGCCCUGUCGCAGAACCAGGACCUGAUUAACCAGAAACGGUACCGACUUGGGGACGGAUCCCUUGUGAUCCCUGGGCAAAAGCCCCGCCUCGGCGUCGCCCUGAUGAACCAGAACAUGAGGAAGGUGGACUAUCGUCUAGGUGACAGCGGGGCACUGUCCGUCCGGCCCACCAACCCCAGGCUCUCUGAGGCGCUACAGGAGAACCGGGACCUCCUGAGCCCAAACCGGUACAGGCUGCCGGAACGCAAUAUGCUGAUGCGGAAGUUUGGGAAUCCGUACCUGGACGAGGCCCUGCAGAACACACAGCACCUCCGUUAUGCAUCGUACAGACUGCCCCCGGGGCUACAGGGGCAGGAUAACCGCUACGCUGUGGUUCCACCGUACGGGCCGCGAUCUGGCCACUGGGCUGGCAACGCACGCUCCGGCCAGGAGGGGGAUGAUGUCUGGGCCUCCGAGAGGGUUCUACCGCACGGGACCGUGCAGAACCUCACCAAGUGGUCCAUGUACCACGAGGUCAUGGAGUCGGAGGGCAUCACUCCCGCAGCACCGGGAAAACUGGGGGGAACGGGGGAACCGGACUGGAACCCUAAUAGAGAGGGGGAACCCAACAGCUGGUACGAGAAGAUCUACUCCAUCAGGUGUAUCCCUACGGUGCCUCACAGGUUGAAGCCUUGGGCGUACGGCAUGGAAGACAUGACACAGAUGGAGGAGCUGAAUGAGACCACAGUGCUGAUGAAUCUGAAGAAGCGUUACGACCAGGAACUCAUAUAUACAUAUAUAGGUAGUAUCCUGGUCUCGGUGAACCCCUAUAAGAUGUUCAACAUGUACGGGACUGACGUGGUUCUGCAGUAUGAAGGACGCGGAAUAGCAGACAACCCUCC